AUUAUUUUGUGCGUAUCGUAAUCAAAAAGCUUUUAUGCGGACAGCUUUUUUAAGUGUUUCUCGAUUACUGAUAUAAUAUAAGCAUUAACAGCAGCACCAGCAUACAAAUGAAAAGAAGUCGUUGACUGAUUGUUAAGGCAGAAAGACGUUUAAAACUCCGUAAACUGCAUAAACUAAAAACCAUGUUGAGCCAACAUCCAGUUAUCGAUUGCAAGGAGCUGAAAAUCCCUGCACCUUGGGGCUACAUUUCGGGACGAUGGUAUGGAAAUCGCUUGGAACGCCCCAUCCUGGCACUACACGGAUUUAUGGACAACCUGGGCACCUUCGAUCGCCUGGUUCCACUGCUCCCCGAUCACGUCGGAGUACUCUGCAUCGAUUUACCAGGACACGGAAGAUCCUCGCCUCUGCCAUUGGGAAUACGCUAUGAUGUGUACAACGAUGUCUUCCUUAUUCCGCGGAUUAUGAAGCAUUUUGGCUGGGAGAAGGUUUCCCUCUUGGGACACUCACUUGGAGCCUUCUACAGUUUUAUUUACGCAACGUUGGCACCCGACACUGUGGACAUGGUCAUCUGCAUAGACUGUGUGCUGCUGCCGAAAUUCGACGUUGAUAUUGCCCUCGAAAGCUUCCGCAGAAACCUUGAUCAGCACAUGAUUCAGGAAGAGAUCCUGGCGAGUGGCAAUUUGCUGGAGCCACCCAGCUACACGGUGCCGAAAAUGGAAAUGGCACUGGCCAAUGGAUCGCUGGGUUCGGUGACCCCCGAGUUGGCCCAGCACCUGCUCCACCGCCAGGUGAAGGAGUCAGGACUCAAUCCGAAAUCGUUUUACUUCUCCACAGAUAGGCGGAUCAGGUUCUACAACUACUGGGACAUUAGUGCGGAACUGGGUGCUGAUAUGGCGAGAGGAGUUAGAAAAAAGCCCUUUCUCAUUAUCAAGGCAUCCAUGUCGCCUUUUCUGGGCCCUCACACUGACGAAGCCAUUUCCAUUUUGGCCCAGGAUAACCCACUCUUUGAGUUCUAUGAAGUAGACAGCGGUAGCCAUCACGUUCACCUGCGAUUCCCCGAGGAGUGUGCGAAGUACAUGAGUCUCUUCAUUCAGUACCAUCGACCUCCAUCGAGAGCAGCUUCGUACCAAGGAAAGCUAUAG